AUGUACCGCCGAAGUCCAACCACAUUUUCGCAGCGUUUACCUGCCAAAGUUCCGGAAAAUGUUAAGUACACCGAGGGCACAACGGAAUCGUCAAAAGCCCGUCCCACUUGCUGGAUGAGACUUUCAGUGAAGCUUUUUACCGAGAAACUCUCAAACGAUCAUCAUAAUACAGAGUCUAGACGAUAUGCUGUUAGUCGUGCAGGAAAUAUUUUGACCUACGUUGGAAAUAAUGAGUGUAGUGUAAGUAUUUUGCAGAGUGGUUAUGGAACGGGUUAG